AUGAAAUUCAAUAAAUUAGAAUAUAAUCUAAAUGUAGAUUUUGUUCCUUUAAAUAUUAGAAAUUUCAAUAAGCUUAUAAUUAAAAAGACCAACUAUACAGGUUCUUAUAAAAUAAAGACAAACGAGAAUAUAAAUUUGAUAGAUACAAAUAUACUAAAUAUUGAAAACCUUUUCUGUACAUGGAAAAAGGUAUAUAAGGUUCAACUUAAUUAUACAUUAGAUUUUGUUCCUGGUGAUAGUAUUGGUCUACUUUGUUCAAAUAAUGAUUUGCUUGUUAAUGAAAUGUUAAGUUUACUAGAAAUGUCCGGUGAUACAUUAUUAUAUAUUGAGCAAGUUGGAAAAACGGGGUUUCAAUUCGAAGGAUCUUUGCGUGACUUUUUCAAGUAUAUUUUUGAUUUUACUUCAUUGCCUAAAAAAGCAUGGCUUAUGGAUAUUUCUAAAACCUCUAAAAAUAAGCAUGAUAUUGAAUAUCUGUGUUCUAAAGAAGGAGUAAAAGAUUAUUUAAGCAUCAUUAAGAACUGGAAUAAUGUGCUUGACAUUAUAUAUACAUUUCAAUGUAAACCAAGUUUAGAGGAUCUUAUUAUGAAUUGUCAAACAAUUAAGCCAAGAUAUUAUUCACUUACUAACCACGUAAAUGAAAAAUGUGAAAUUUUAGUAGCAAUUAUUAAAAAAGGCGAUAGAUAUGGACAUGUUUCCAAUUUCAUAGAUAUGCAAAAUUAUAAUAAUUUAAAGAUCUGUCACAGACCGAGUAAAUUAUUUAGAUUAAAUUUUUGUAAAAAAGUGUUGGGUAUUUGUACUGGAACUGGCAUUGCUCCAUUUUUUUCGUUUUUGAAAAAUAAAGAAGACGAUCAAUAUAUCAAACUAAUAUAUGGAUUUAGAAAUCAAGAAGAUGAUCUUAUUAAAGAUGCAAAAUAUAAAAACACAGAAAUUAUUAAAAUUUUAUCUUGUAAUAAAAUUUAUGUUACUGAUUAUUUAUUACAAAAUUUAAAUAAAAUAAAAACAUACAUUAAAGACGGAUGUUUGGUUUAUGUUUGUGGCCGACCUGAUAUGCAAAAAACUAUUUAUAGCAUUUUUAAUGAAAAUUUUUCUGAAAUUGUGAAAGAAAAGAGGCUAUUUUUUGAUAGUUGGAUAUAA